AGGCUUCAAAUCAGGAAGUAACUAAGAGAUUAACAAGGAAGUAUAUGAAAGAGAAACACCCUGGAAACUUGAACAAGUAGAGGGUGGAUGACCCAGGCUCUGCUGCCAACAUCUGGAAUCCAGUUGGGACCUGGAUUUGCUGGGGACACCAGCCAGGGAGAGAGGACCAUGUGGGUGCCUCCAGCUCUACUCCUCCUCUGCCUCCCAGGUUGUUUUUCCCUGAGGGGCCCCAGCUUUGUGACGGGCACCACGGGGGGCUCUCUGACUGUGCAAUGUCUGUACGAGGAGGAGUACGAGGAGAAUAAAAAGUACUGGUGUCAAGGACAGCAUGACACAGAUUGUAACACCGUUGUGGAGACCAACGGAAGAGAGACAGAAGGAAGGAGUGGCCGCGUGUCGAUCAGAGACAGCCCUUAUGCACGCGCCUUCACAGUGACCAUGACGAACCUCAACGCAGCUGAUGCCGGGUCCUACUGGUGUAAAAUUCAGACAUCAUGGAUCUUCGACUCAUGGUCACGUGAUCCCUCGUUCCAGGUGCAGGUGUCUGUUAACCCAGCACCACGUACAACCACAAGAGCAACCACGCUUCCAGCCACAUCUCUCACUCUCCCGGAGGUGAUCUCCAGUCAGAACUUCACCAACCAAGUAUUGACCCACUGCCCAGGGUAAGGGCCCAAGACCUGGAGGCCAUGGAGGAGGACGUCAGCAGCCUAAUGGGAACCUGGGCCGGGGGCUGGCAGCAUAUCAUGUCCUUUGUACCUCACUGUCUGUUGGGCCUUUCUCCAACUCUGGUUCGGAUUCUUACAUGGGGAUUCAUGUUCUGUGAAUACUCUCCCCUGUGGGGCGCAGCAGGGGCACAGAUGGAGGCUGGUUUCAGGGAUGUGCAGCCCCUCCUCGCCUCCCCCCUCUGCUUUCCCAACCCAUUCUGGACUCAAAAUCCUGGUUCUGUGGUCUCUCACCUGGGCUCGCUUCCAAAGAAAGGUCUUUGCUCUACCAGAGAUCCUUCUCCCGCCAGCUGCUUGUGGGUCUGUGGGGAGAUGGGCAGGCUCCAGGCUGGACUCUGAAUCCAUGCUCUUCCUCUCAAAGAUAUUCAAAGGAG